CCAAGUAGGGAGACUAUUUAUACUAUGAUACGAAUUUAAUAUUGUUUAUUAUUUAUAAGCAUUUUUUCAAUGGCGAUUUAGUUUUUCAACAAGAACGGUGGUUUGUUUGUUAAAGUGGUUACCAUGGAUUUUCGUGCCUUGAUUUGGACGCUGUUUUGCUUAUCGAAUGCAUCAACCUCGGCCCACGUCUUGUACACUGCACCGCGAGCACUGUUUAAUCUAGCCUCGUCAGCCUCGGCCUCGGCUUCUCAAGCAACCACGCCUCUUUUAAACAUAGUCAACCUCAGCCGGAGACAGGAAAAAGCAACGCAGCUUAAAGAAGACCACGGCUUGACGGAACAAGAGGACUUGUUAGCCGAAAAUCAAGGAGCUGCAACCGACGACUCCAGUGUGGAGGAGGGUAGCGGGAGCGGUAAUAACGAGGCGUCUCCUAGCAUAUUCCAAAAAAAGAUAAACAAGCUCGUAGCGAAGCUCAACUUUAUAGCUCAGCUUAAGAGCGCGUUUCAUCGCGGCUCGGAGGCCAGCACAGAAGCUCCGGAACAAUUCGAAACUACUACUACGACGACGGCCGUGACUUCCAAAAUCAAGAUCACCUUCGAAGACCCGGUGCAAAGUAAUUCGACCGUAAUCCAGACGCUGAAAGUUUCGGAAAACAUCCAGCAGAUACCGAAUACGAAAUACGGCAGCCCGAAGAAGGUUUCCGAAGGUCCCGAGAAGAUAGACCUUCAGGUUAACGAGGUCACCAGGGAGGUGGUGGAAAAGAUACCCAAACGAGAGGAAAUAAACAAGGAGCCUGUGGGCGGUUUGGAUCGUAUUCGGCUGUUUUUUGCUCAGAUGGUAGGACGUCUGGUGGGGUUCACGUAUGGGGCGUUUGGACGUUUUUAGGAUUUUGAAACCAUUUGGUGGUAGAAUAAAUAGAGGUGUUUUAUUUAUAUAGCCAUUACAUAUGGCGCCCUACUAUCGAACAGUUGCGUAUGUUACCCCCCAACGGACUGAGUUGUUAUUUUCAUUGUUGGCGUUUGGCCCAUACCAUUUUCGGGAUAAUGUGACAAAAAUGCUCAGCCACUGGAAAAAUUCUUCUGUUUGCUGUCAGAGCUGUACCUAUACACAAUUGUGUUAAGUUUAAAGACGGUCUAAAUUGAUCUAUAUGGACCAAAUACUGCCGUUUGUUAAAUUAAGGUCUUAGAGGUGUCCACUGGUUAAAAACUAGAUUUUAAAUCUUGCACUGGUUGAAUGGACCUUCUCAAAAUUUUUGUUGUUGUUGCCUCAUGAAUUCCUGCAUUAUCAGCAUAAGCAGGAACUCUAUAUUACUAGUAGCUAAACUUUAUGCUUUUAUCCAAUCACUUGACAUUUCUUGGAAUCAAGAUAUACGGAGUGCUUUCCAAAUUCUUGCCUAGAUAUUAUAUAAAUAUUUUGGUCACAGGAUUUAAAUAAUUUCUAGGGGGUUUGCGUUUAUUAUUUUUUACUGCUAUAGGGAAGAAAGUGUCACUUUGCCGGAGACACGCAAUUUUGGUCAGUAUUGACCUACCUGCCUUUAUGUGCACUUCAUCCCUUAGACUUGCGAUUUCUUCUGGUGACAUUUUCCUUGAUUCCCUUCCUUUGUUUUCCACAUUCUAUAGAAUUGGUUCUAAGGUGUCCCCAACAAUUUUUUUUUCUCCGUCCACAUUCUUAACAACAAAUAAUUCAAACAAUACCAUUUCUGCCCACUGUCCGAUCUUUGGUGGAAUACCAUCUUCAUCUUCCGGAGAUAAAAAAUAUUUUCUUGAAAUGGCAAAUACUCUAUACCUACCUCUAGAGCAAAAUGCAUUUCUCUCACUUGGAAGGUAAACGACAACUUCCUCAAGAUCGUUAAAUAUUUGUGAACCACAACAAUUUGCCUCUACGUGUUGAGUCGCUCAUCUUACAAUAAAAACCAAACAAAAUAUAAACUUGUUUUGCUAAUUGAAUACUACUGACACCUCGAGAUGUGUGAAUAACCUUUAUAGAAUGCUUUCAACAUGACGAUUUUCUUUUAAUAUAAAGGAAUAAUACCGUUUACGUUAUUUUAGCGCUACCUACUAAAUUUUAGAUUUGUAUAUACACAGAGAAAUAUGAUUAAGGAAAACGAGUAAAUCAUUUAUUUUUUGAAUACUGCGUACCAGGACUAUAAUAUAUAUAAAUAAAAUAAAUAAAAAGAAUAUGCAAUUGAAUUCCUUUCCCUUUUUCCUUAACAAACUUCUGCGAAAGCAAUUAAAAUUCUGAAGCAAACCUUAAAACAUAAAAAAUAUAUGAUUGGCAGUAAUGCUCUAUAUAGAAAAUACGAUAAUAAAACAAUCUAUUGUCAUCUAGGCGUGUGUCUAAAAUAUAGAUUUUUUUGUUAUAGAACAACGAAUAAGGAAAUUUUUAGAUUCUACAACAACUUUCCGAGUCGGAUUUUGGUACAUUACUACCAACUGUGGCUGAAGCGAGGCAUCAGCAAUUUCCACCAGGUUUCUUAAAUCACUUAGUUAUGUCGUUUAAUUUAAUAAUAUCUUCCUUUUAUACCUAAAACUAUCUUCGUUUUACCUAAAAUAUGAAAGUUAUUAUGUUACUUUUUUUAUAUGGCAAGAAUUUUUUUCUUUUAAUAA